UGGAGCAAAGGUCUCUAGCGGAAACGGAAAUCAGCAGCUAAUUAGAAAACGAAAAGCAAAAAAAGAAAUGAACAAAGACUUCAUCACGCAGGGCGGCACGCCCAUUACCACGGAAUUGGCCACGGAUCUGCGCAAUCUGGUCUUCGGUACCGCCGCCAUUCCCAUGCGGGCCGAAUGGCUGCAGACGUCCUUUGUGUUUGGUGCUCCCAAGGAGGAGCUGGCCUACGGCCUCCGUUCGCCCCGGAAUGCCACCCGUGGCCUGUUGUCCGUCGUCCAGGGAUUCGUCCUGAAGUAUCUCCUCUUUGCCCGGAAGACCAGUCGCGUCGCUUCGCUAACCGACCCACUCCUGGCCACCGCCGAGAUGCAACGAGAGGCCCUGUUCUGCGCCCUGCUGGAGAUCCUGCGCACCAUCUCGGACAAGGGCAAGGUCACCAUGGUGCUGCCAUCGGAGGACGAGGUGUUCGUCGAACACAGCGCCUGCUAUUUUCACGAUUCCGUCACCGAGAAGCUCUAUGUUUUCACACUGUCGCCCAACGAGGAGUUGGAAUACUUUUUGAAGCGAAAUUUCAAAUACUUUACAGAGGAGGAGACCCCGGGCACCCUGCUGUUCCUCUAUAGCGCCGUCCUCACUAGAUCCAUGGGAAAAGUUCGAACGGACUUGGACUCCGCGAAAUCCACGCCCCUGACUUCGAGCAAUCACGAGGAGGGCUCCCUGAUGAUUGUCACCCUGCUGCUGACGGGCCGGGCCACGCCCUAUAUUCACAAUGGAGUUGUAAAUGUGGGCGACGAGAGUAGUUAUGCGGUUCCACAGUACGGAGUCCUUAAACGUUGCAUGAUUGGUCUUCUACUUUGGGACAUCGAGUCGGCCAGUGCUGCUGUUAAUCAGUCCCGUCAGCCGGGUUCCCGUCUGAAGACGCCCAACUACCCCAUCUGGAUAACCAGCUGCACGGGGCACUUCGGCGUGAUCUUCAACAAGAAUCCGGACCUGCUGCGCAACUACCAUGCGGAGUCGCGUUUCGACGUGAACUACUACAGCUGCUCGGGGCACCAGAUCCUGAUGACCAUCGACAAUCGCACCUACAACGAGCAGGCAUUGGUCAUGUUGGAGCGGCAACCAAUCACGCCGGAGAGUACCUCGAUGUCCGGAAAGGAGGACGGCGGGGGCGCUGCGUCGCCGACGGCCGUUUCCGGAGGAGGAGGUGCUGCUGCCGGCGGCGGUGUGGGUGGCGCUAGCGGCGGUGUUGGUGGUGCUGCUAGUGGCGCUAGCGGUGGUAACGAUGUGGUCGCCAAGGAGGAGUCGACGCUCAACACGCCGUUGCAGCGUCUGAUUCAUACCAAGUGGGAAGAGGCAACUAUAAGCUUUCACGUGCAGCCAUCGAUGUUGAGUUAUCUUUUUAGUACCACUCAGUAGAAUGCAGGAUCUAAAGAGUCGAAAGUUUUGGGAACUCCUUUGCUAAAGUCAGACCGAUUCACAUUCAAGCGCAAGAGAUAUCAUCAA